AUGGCGAAUAUUGUACUUGACAAAUACAGACUUGUGAAUACACAAGACCCAGAACGUGCUUUCACGUGUUUGAAAACUGCCAAUCAAACUUUUGAACAGAAAAGGGCUGACAUCCAAAGUGCUGGUAAAGAAGCAGAUGUUGAAAAAGUGAAAGAAGACGCAACAGCAUUAUAUCACACCAUUUGCGUGAAAAAAGCUGUUCAAGUAUUGAAGGGUGGAAGUCCUAAAUACAAAACACUUAAAGAUGCUAUGGCGGCAAACAACUGGAGAAAUUACCAGUGUUACAUUGGUAUGGUCAAGAAUGAUUUCACAAAAGAGUUGGUCAGAGAAGAAAAUGUCACUGUUGUUUCUUUAAUAGAUGAAAUUAUUAAAGAUAGUCCAGACCUCGAAGAGUUCAUCAAAUUUUACACUGAAACCAAUCACGAAGAAGUUAUAGAAAACUUGAAGAAAGAAGAAGCAUUCAAUAACGAAGAAAAGAAACAAAUAAAUUUACUCAACCAAAUGAAAAACAUCUAUUCAUAUGACGGUUUCGCAAAACAACUUGAAACAUUUAAAACAAAGUGUGAAGAAAUGAAAGAAGAAUAUGAGAAGAGAAAUAUUUCUCAUGAUGAAGAUAUCAAAAACGCUGAAAUCAAAUUGAGGCAAUUUGCAGUCGAAAGUGUGUUUAAGGCUCAAUUUGCGUCUUUAAAAUCAAAACUCGAAAAUUACAAGAGAAGUAUUAACAUCAAAAAUGCUAAUCUCGAAAACAUGAAGAAAAUGGUCGAAACAAAUAUCAAUUUGGUUAAUAUCAGAUCAUUACCGGAGUCUUCGUUUAUAGGUAUGAAAGACGAACUUUUACAACUCAAACCCGAGGCUCAGAUUAUUUUUGAUAUGUAUGAUGAAAUGAUGGGCGGAAGCACUCCUAUUAUUCAAGAAGUAAAGAAAGUGGAACAAAAAGUCCAAACACCAGCUACCACCCAAAAAGUUGUUCCAAAAGUCGAGCCACCAAAAGUAAAACAAACUGUAACUCCAAAAAUUGAGCCACAGAAAACAACUCCACAAAGUGUUCCAAAAGAUGAAGCACCAAAAGUGAGUGAAGAAUUCGACACAAAAAGAAUUGCUAAGGACUUUGUUGCUCAACUUGAGAAAAGUCGGUUUGUUGACGAGUCAAAGAAUCUUGAGAAAUUCAAAGUUGCAAGAAAUUUAAAUAUGUUUGUUUCGACUUAUUUCAAAGUCGAAAGAAUGUUACUUGGAUUUACUAUAGCUGAACCAAACUUUUGUGCACUUGAACUCAAAAGUGAGAUAACUGACAUCAAACCAGCUUUCUCUGAGUAUUUUGAAUACUUUGAAAACAUGAGUAUUGUCGAUGAAAUAAACGAAAUACAAAGUUAUUCAGAAGCAAAAGCAACUGAAGAUGUUUUGAAAAAGAGUAAAGACCAAGUCUUGAUGUCAAGAGACUUUUUGACUGCAAUGGAAAAGGUCAAAUUGUUCAAUCAAGAGAUUUUGAAGGACAAUGGCAAAAUGUCCAAAUUCAACAUGACUGUGAAAACAGAGGAAAUUGAAACGAAGUUGAAAAAUCUGUUUUUGGAUGAAUUUGUUCAACAAAUAACAGGAAGUUAUUUCACAAAUUUCACAAAUGCUUUGAAAAAGGGGGACAAUUCAGAGGUGCUAAAAAUCAGUGGAGAUGUCGAUGAAAUUUUCAACAAACGACGUGUUGAUGGAUAUGAAGAGAAUGCGUUGAUGCUGAGAGAUGAAAUUGAAAAUUACAAAAAGGAGACAAAAACAACAUUCAGAAAUUUUGAUGAAAUCAAAACGAAAUCAAGGGAAGUGCUUGGAUACUGUGGGAUGCCAAAGACUGAAAUCCACGAUGACAAUUAUAAUUUGGGGCUUUACAAAAAGGAAUUUGAUUUUUCAAAAUAUGUUGAAAAGCAAAUAGAAAGCAGCGACACAACAGAGAAAAUCAAACCAAACUUUGUUUAUCGAAAUACACAAAAGAAGUUCGUUGAGAAGUCCAAGUUAAAAGAUUACAUAAAAAUUGUUCAAAUUUGUGACAAAUUGUGGAAUUUAUCGGGAAAUGCUGUAACGUUUAAUCAAAACUUGAAUAUUUUAAAAGAGAGUUUUGUAAGCCAAAAAGAAUAUUUUGAAACAAUUGAUAGAGUAAAAGAAGUUGAAUUUAUGAUCAAGCAAAUGGACGACAUUUUGGAGAUUCAAAUUGUGAUGAAGAUGUUUGACAAGAUGAAAAACAUUAAAUCGUUAGCUACCAAUUUGGAGACUUACACCAGAAAUGGGCAAUCACAAUACAUUGAAAAGAUCAACACGGAUAUGAGAAAUGCAUUGAGCCAACAAGUUAUAUUGGAAAAAACACCAGAAGAUUACAAAGAGACAAUUCUGAAGUAUUCGUCAUGUUGGGAGCUGUUAUUUAACACAAAGAGCGACGACGAAAUCCAACAACUCAAAGAAAACAUCGAAGAUACAAAAGCUAUUGAAAAGAUCAAAAGCACUGUCAAAAACACGAUGCAACGAUUGAAAGGGAAUUUCAGUAUCGACAUCAUCAAAGAUGGAAUUGCCAAACUCGACGAAACAACAGAAAACGAGAAUGAAUUAUUACAGAAAUUUGACUUGAAUUUUGAGAGUGAGAAGAAAACACUUGAACAGUCUAUAACUGGUGUUACAAUAAGAAAUUGCCAAAAAACACUCAUUGAUGAAAUUAGGAAAUAUUUCUUAAAGUUACAACCAAAGAACACAAAGGAUUCGUAUAUCCCAAGCAUCACCAUCAAUUACAUCAAAGAACUUUUGAUGCAAAAUUUGACGUUUUCUGAAAGUCCAAAUGAAAACGACACAAAAAUACUUGCUGCUGCAAAAGCCAUGGGUGACGUCUUUUGUACUGAGAUUUCUGGAGUUCCAAGUGCGAUAGCCAACAGCUAUGAGAAAAUAGUCACUCAGAACGCACAGCUGUAUUUACUUUUCGAGUUUGUAGAGUUGUACAGAAGUUCAAAAAGAAUUGUAAUAAAUGGUACUUCGAUAACAAACAACGAGAAUGACACACCAAACACAUUUGAUGAAAUACUUGAUUCGUUGUAUUCAAAAGAAAUGUUCAUUUACAUCACUGAAAGCGAGAGCGGCGUUCUUUCAUAUAUCAAACUGAACGAAAUGAAAAGAAUUUUGGAGAACAACACAGACGUUUUGAAGCAGAAGGGCGUCUUCUCUCAACUUGAACAAAUGGUUGCAACGUGUGAACAAAAAGUGAAGAAGAAUAUAUCCAAAGUACUCUGUGAGUGGUAUCUGAUGUUUGUGGGACAGCCAAUCAAACAAGCAGAAGCAGCCAAAAUUGCAUUCAAUUCGUCCAAAUUCACAGAAAAACUGAAUGAAGCCAAAGAGAAUAUGAAUGGGCAAGUGAAUGGAGUCGGUGGUCUGUACUUUAUUGAUUAUUUGGAUGAAAUGAAAAACACCAAUAGUAGCGUGUAUGAAAUAGCUCAAUUGUAUGAUGACAACACUGAAAAUGAAAGUAACAACUCUCAAUUAGUCAAAAGCAAAGAAAAGGUAUGUGUUUAUAACAAAAAAUAUUUAUCUAACUGUGAAAAUGCCAAUAAGGUCUUAAAAACCAAUCCGGUGAUAUCAAGAGAAUUUUACUUGUUAGCUCAAAAGAUAUACACUCAAUACAAAAAGCUGUUUGAUGAAGCCGAAUAUUUUUAUGAAAGCGAUUUAAUGGAACUGGACAAAACAACAGAAGAAGAAUGUUUCAAUUUGGUUUUAUGUCGAAUGAAAGAUGUCAAGAAAAAAGUAUCAGAGAUUGAAAAAGAAAUAUCUUCAACGUUUGAAGGUGAACUCAUCAAAAAUCAUUUUAAAAAUGCAACAGAGUUAUUAUCACAAAUUGAAAGUGAUAAAUAUUAUCCAUUCAGUUGCAUCAAUUUGAAAGAAAGACUUGAAAAAGUCGAUGCAACGUUUGUCCACACGUUUGAAUUUAUAGAAACGACACAACCAAAUAUUAACUCGAUUUGUGACAAAAUUGACGCUUACAAUUUGGAAUGUAAAACAAAGAAAGAAAUGUUGAACAAAGUGAACAAAGAUUAUUUAUCAUAUCUUAAUAUUAUUCGAAAAAACAACCAUACAAAUCCGGUGAAAGCAAGAGAAUAUUACUUGUUAGCUCAAAAGAUAUACAUUCAAAACAAAAAGCUGUUUGAUGAAGCCGAAUAUUUUUACGAAAAUGAUUUGAUGGAACUGGACAGAACAAUAGAAGAAGAAUGUUUUAAUCUUAUUAUUGCAAGAAUGAAAAGUGUGAGCAAACGAAAAGCCAAAAUGGUCAAAAACAUAGCUAAUAAUAUCGAUGGCAAUAAGUUGAAAAAUGAUUUUCAAAAUGUUAUAGAAACACUUGCAUCAAUAGAGAAUGAAACGUAUUAUCCAUUCAGUUGCAACGCUUUGAGGGACAGACUUGUGCAAACAAAUCCAAAAAAUGAAGAAGUUUUUAAUUUCGUUGAAACAACACAACCACAACUCGACGCUAUUUGUGAAAAAAUUAACACUAUUAAUUUACAAAAGAAAAUUGAAAAUGAUCGACUUGAGAAAGAAAAAAAAGAAAAGGAAGAAGCUGAAGAAGCCGAAAGACAGUUAAUGGCAAAGAAAAUUUUUGAAUAUAACAAUGAAGGGUAUUAUUUGGAAAACUUGGCCAAUUUCCUUGAAAGAGAAUUUUCACAUGAAAGUCCUUCGUUCAUUCAUCCAUACUCGAAAAUAGCAGUUAUAGUGAAACAAGCAUAUCUCUUCACUAAAACGUUUGUAUCAGUUGACAACAAAGACAUUCUGCGUAUAAAAAGUCUUUAUGAGAACAUCAACAAAAUAACUCUUGAAAACAAAUUCAGUUUCGAUGAAAUCAUUUUGUUGUUGGGAGCCGAAAGUGCGACGUAUUAUUCCGAACAUCGAUAUAAGCAUAAUCACCCCAAAUUUGACGCUGUAGUCCAUAAGACUAAAUUUGAGAAAAUUAUUAAAUUGCUUGAAAACAACAAACGAGACACAAAGGAAUUGAAGAAGAAAUUUAUGUUGGCAAGAAGCAAAGACAAAAAGCCUGAAGAAAUUGAAAAGGAAAACGCACUUUUGGAUUACAGAGAAAUUAAUUUCCAAAGUCAUUUUAAAAAUUAUUUCACAGAAGACAACGAAGAUGAAAAUCCAGAAAUGGUCACUUUGAUGAAAAAGUACUUCAACUUCUGCUACAAUGGAAAUUACACAUUCACUGAUAAAAACAUUGAAAUUGUUAAUCAUCUGAAAAAGGACUUUUUAGAAAAGUUGGAGACCGUCUUUGGCUUACAAGAGGAGGGUUACUACGAUGAAGCCAAAAACUCACUGAAAGAUGCGUUGAUCGCAAAGAUCAAUUUGGUCGAAUUUUUGGAUUUUGAAAACAUAACAAGUCAACGAGAAAAGUUGUGGAGAACCUGCCAAUUUGUGAUUAAGAUGGAGAAGAUCUUAUACUCGCUUGGAGUUGCGUUUGAGUUCUUUGACUUGAAAUACAGUGACCUCCCAAAAGUUCUGCAAGAUGAAAUCAAACUGUACAAUUCAGUGAUGUUGAUCAAGGCGUGCAGUGUAGUUCAAUAUGUCAGAUUUAUGAAUACUCUUGACAACGUCCAUCAAGUGUAUUUGAAUUACAACAACAACUUGGUACUCAAAUUGCAAUCAGUCAUACGAACAUUGGCAACUCAAGAUUACGAUAUUACACGCGAUCCAAUAGUCACUGAAUAUGUCAGACAGUCAAUGACUGAAACUGUUGUGGAUAAGAACAACUUAGUGUUGUAUGAAAGUGAGUCAAAGUACACUGAAAACAUGUUGAAUAUGUACAAGCCGAUAUUAUCAGAUGGAGUCUCUCUAACAUCGUCGAAAAACAAAUUGUUCACGUUGAAUGCCGUCUCACAAUUUUUGCUCUCCAAUUACGCGUUCUUUGAUGAGGUCACCGAAUUUAGUCGCAAUGUAAAUGCUACACUAUUGAACAAAGAGAACUUCGGCUUCAUUCCAAACAUUUUCAAUUUAAUCACAUCAACUGUUGCAAUCGUUAACAGAACACCACAAAGCGAUGAUAUCUGGAUCAAAUGUCCUCGUUACCGAUGGGAUUAUGAAUCACACUUCACAGAAGAAAUUAAAAGUAUAUGGACAAUGGAAGUCAAAAUGGCAUACAACUACAGAGUUUUACUUAUUAACACAAACUAUUCAAUAGUCAAUUAUUUGCUAUGCAAAAAUUGGAGUAGUCAAUAUGAGUACAACAUCUUAAUGAUUAACACAAUAACAGACUUGGACUCAAAACCAAAUUUUGAUUUUAAAACGAAUGAAAAUGAAUGUUACAGAACACAUAUGAGAUGGAUUGUUAACAACUUUGGUAUAACAGAAAGUAAACGAAAUUAUGAAAUUCAAAUGAAAAGUUGUGUGAAUGCAAUUUCUGGUAUUAUUUCAUUUGCUGGAUACCAACUUGACAGACCAAAAGUAUUCCCAUCACUCAACUAUUUUGGAGCAUCCGUUCCUAUAUGCAAAUACACUGAGCAUCUCACUGCUAGUGAAAUUGAGACGAAAAUUGAUUCGACGAUGUUUGUUGAGACGUUCAGAGUGUAUUUCGAGAGGAUGAAAGAGCAAGAGCGAUAUUAUAAGCAAAACAGUAUCAUGUCUAAUGCUAUUUUUGAGUUCUUAAGAGAUCGGAUAGGACAAAAUUUCAAAGAAAUUUGUGUAACAAAUAUUGAAGGGUUAUCAAAUGAUUUUAUGAAAGAAAGAUAUGACCAAUUUGUUGGGAUAUAUGCAGAUUGUGUCACAUUAAAUAACGAUGACGAGUCGUUUGUAGUCAAUAAAACGGCAAAUGGAUUUGAAGUGAAGGCGAAACUUGGUGAAAAUGCUAUUGGAAAUCGGUUGACGUUUAAUUACGUCUUUAAUAAAAAGUAUGAUAAAAUGGGACUUUCUUUCGACCACGGAAAAUGUGUGAAGAAUGAGAACAAUGUGUUUGUGUGGACUUAUAAAGAUUAUAAAGCAUUUGAUCAUACCGAAGAACUGAAUUAUCAAUUCGACCAGAAGGACAUUAACCUCCCAAAAGACUUAAUUGUCAUGAUAUCUUAUAUUGGUAAGAUGGAAUUGUACUACGACUUAAUCAAUAAAAAAGUUGAAGAAGACAUUAAGCACGAAAGAAUGGUAAAUGAACACAAUAGAAUACAAGAAAUGGAGAGAUUGGAAAGAGAAAGAAUUUUAUGGCAACAUGGAAUUACUUUCUUUUAA